UUGUAGCCACAUAUCCAUAUAGUGAUUAUCUCUUAACGUUUCUCAAAAGUUUUUCCAUUUUUCAUUACUUCAUCUUUUGUUUUUCUAAGAUCAAUCAGUUUUUUUCUCAGUACUUUUUAUGAAGAGAAAAUGGAGAUAACAAUAUCUCAAUUGUGCUCUCGAGUUAAGUUUUCAUCAUCACUGUUGUGUUUAAAUGGAAACAGUAAGAGGAACAACCUAAAUGGAGCUGUUUCAGUAAAUUGCUUGAAAGAGAUUGAUCAGAUCAGUUAUAUUAGCUUCACUGCGAAGAAACAGAGAAGUCACGCGCCAGUGGUGAGAAAAACACGCGCCUCCUCGGAUGAGAAUCAGUCCCCAACUCCCGGAGGAGAACGGUGGCUUCUCCAACCAGUUGGCGAUGGAGACACAAGACACAUUGGUUACAAAGUGGCAAUGCCUGCUCCUUUCGAGAUCACCUCGGGACAAGUUACCAUCGGACGGCUACCGGAAAAGGCUGAUGUCGUAAUUCCUGUGGCCACCGUGUCGGGAGUCCAUGCGACAAUCAAUACCAAUGAAAACAACCUUCUUGUGACGGAUAUGAACAGCACCAACGGUACAUUCAUCGAAGACAAACGUUUAAUUCCUGGUGUUGCUGCUCCUGCCUUUCCCGGAACCCGAAUCACCUUUGGAGACACAAAUCUAGCGAUUUUCCGUGUUUUCAAGCUCCAAGAUAGGGAAGAAUCCACAGAGAAACCAACCACAGAGUAACACAAAACCUGGGAAAUGGCUUCUCUUUACCGGUUUUUGCUGAAAUUCUAAGUUGGUUUGCAGCAUUGUUGAUUUAUUGGGUAAUAUUAUAUAACAAUAUAUAUAAUUUAUAACAUAUAUAUUUUUGUUUUUAGUACGUUACAAAUUAGGUGUGAAAGAAUGAUAAGUGGUAGACAUAAGCUUUCA